AUGGACGGGCUAGUUCAGAAAGCCAUUCAGCAGUCUCAAGCACAGAAGAAGCUCCCGGAGCUCACUCCUUGGAAAUAUGACGAGCCAUGGCCGCAGCCAUAUUACUCAUGGGAUCCAGAAAUGGAAGUCUGGGAACCCAUCAAGCCGUCAAGUGCAGCGUCUCCGCCUAAAGAUGCAGCGCCAUCCUCGGACAUCACCACCAUAGCUCUGUACAGCUGGAACAUCGACUUCAUGCUGCCCUUCGCCGAGGCGCGGAUGAGUGCCGCACUCGCCCACCUAGAGGAACUUACGAACGGCCUGCCUACGACCACGGCCGUCGCCAUCAACCUGCAGGAAUGCACCCCCUCGGACCUCAUCACCAUCAGCCAGAAGCAGUGGGUCCGAGACAGGUUCCACAUUACGGACCUGGACAGCUCGGCGUGGGCAUCAGGUCUGUACGGCACGACCACGCUUCUCGACCGCCGCCUGGGCGUGGCCUCGUGCUUCCGCGUGCACUACUCUGCGACCCAGAUGGAGCGUGAUGCCCUCUUCGUCGAUGCCACGGUGCCGGCGGCCGCGGGAACGCCUAGGACGGUCCGGCUUGGCAACUCGCACCUCGAGUCGCUGGCCCUCGACCCCCCUAUGCGGCCUGCCCAGGUACGCACUGCCGCGCCGCACCUAAAUGCUGGCGGUUUGGCGGGUGCCGUCAUCGCGGGCGACUUCAACGCCAUCCAGCCGUUCGACGCCGCCCUGCACUCGGACAACGGCCUCAGGGAUGCGUACCUGGAGCUCGGCGGGAAGGAAGGCGGCGAGGACGGUUUCACGUGGGGCCAGCAGGCGCUGCGACCGCUGCGGGAGCGCUUUGGCUUCUCGAGGAUGGACAAGGCGUAUUUCUGUGGGUCCGGUAUCAAGCUACAGAGCUUCGAGAGAUUCGGUGCAGACGUUGAGGUUGAGGAGGGGAACAAGAAGCAGAGGGAUGGGCUGCUCGCACUUGGGUUCGAGAAGGCUUGGGUUACUGAUCACUUGGGCAUCAAAGCGACGUUCAGCCUUGUGAAUGACACUCAUUUGUGA